UCAGCAUCUGGCAACAUUGCUUCAGUUUUCUGAAUCCGACUUCCGCAGUCGAUAUUCUUAACAAUUUCCCAAGCUUUUAAAUUUAUUUUUGGACUGCGUGUAAUGGUUACGGUGAUAAAUACUAACGUGUGAUUACAUAGUGUUUAUAAAAGAUAAUAUAUGUGUCCAUUAUAUGAUUGUUUAGUGUAUUGAUUGGCGCUUCAAAAACAUACCUGCGUGAUUUUACAGAAAAUGGAUAAAAUCUAUCAACACUGGAGAGGAUUUGUGACUAUUUUGCUAUUUUCCCUCUUAUCAGUAGCAAACGCGAUAGACUGUUUCAAAUGCGUAUCAAUGAAUGGAAAGUUUCCAGCAUGUGAUGACCCCUUUCACAACAACCACUCCCUACAAAUGCUGGAGUCGCCAUGUAUGGGGGGAAGAAAAGGGAGGGAUGGACUCUUCCCAGCCACUUCUUGCAUUAAAAUUGCUGGUGUUUUUGAUGACACAGGUGAAUCAAUAACGGUGCGAGGCUGUGGUUUGGAUUCCGGUACAGCAACCACUGAUACGGAAAUCAUCAGAAUGUCGCAUUGUGGACGCUUUUAUUACAAUGACAGAUAUGUCCAUGGCUGUCUUCAGAGCUGUAACGACGCGGACGCAUGCAACGGUACGAACAGUAUCGUGUCAGCUGUUGUUAUCAUAUUUACAGCACUAUUUCUCGUUUAUAAAAGCUAGCAAUAAUUACAACUAUGACUCCAAUUGAAGAUCACUUUUAAGUUUCUUAAUAAUAUUUGUUACACUUUAAUCAAAAGCUGCCGAUCGCGACUUAUGUGAAUAGAAUGUAUUUCUGUUGAAAAUGCAACGUAAUUUCUUAAUUUGAUUUCAAUCUAGACCUGUUAUAUAUUUAUGUAAAUGUGAAAUAUCGCUAAAAAUAUGAUUUUUCAAAGAUUGACAUAAAGUUGCAUUAUAGUCUAUGGAUAGGUACGAUUUACAAACGAAACAUAACGCAGUCUGACUCCUUCAGAAACAGCAGACUUUGAUCUCAAAUUCUGUGCACCAAUGGACAUUCUAUGUAACACUCGCUGUCACCAAGGGAAACAGAAAAUUAAAGGAAUGGAGUCUUUUGGAGUGUAAUAUUUAUGCUUUAUAAUUUAAAAAAUACGGGUCUAUGUCCACUAUAUUAUAUUCACCCCAUUAUAUAGAUUUGGUGCUUUUUUUAGAUGCAUAUAUUUAAUAUAAUUCGAGUAUUUAAUUCAAUAUUUUACAAAAUUGUAUUGAAUUUUCAAAGUACAGUCAAAAUCUGUUAUAAUAUAUUGAAUAUAUUGAAGGGACUACUCGGUCGUAAAAACAGGAAAACGAUGUCGUCGUAAACGGUUUUGACUGUAGUCGUAAAGCAAUAAAACACUAGAAAUUAACUUUUAUUGGGGUUAGUUACAACUGCCCCUCCAGCACAAACAGUGUCCUCUCUUCGUAACUUCCACUAGUGACACCGACCCCAAUUGAGUUUUAUAAAUAUCCUGGGGUUUGCGAGAAACAAAAACUCUUUGGAAUCUUGGAAGUUACAGUAUAAGGGCACUGAGCCGUGUUUUAUCAGGGGGCUUAGACAAGAUGGCUUAACAAUAGUGUACGUAGAAAGUCGAAAACUACUACGCAAGACUUCAUUACUUACACUGCUAACCAAUAUUAUUAUAACUAUUUUUUACGAAGUAUAAGUAUUAUUAAUGUUUUUGCGACUGAAGCGCAAACUAGCAGCUGUGGUCUUUGGCAGAAUAACCAGCGCUGUGGAAAAGCCUGCUCAUUAGCAUAAUGCUGAGCCAGUGCCAAUUACAACUAAAGCAUACGCGCACACGCCAAACGUACCUUGUUCUUUAGAACAAAAUAAAUUUGUUAUCUCUCAUUCUUUUAAUCUUUUUUUCUAUUUCUAUGUGUGAAACUAGAUUUGUAUGAAAAUUUGUCGACACGAGCUGUCAUUUUCAGACAAACGUUAUAGACUUUCUACAUACACGACUAUUAAGGCAUCUUGACUAAACUCCCUCUAUGAACACAGAUUUCUCUGACGCUAGUCAUGUGAGUCAAGUGUCUAAUCGACACGUCUUUCGAAGCACAUUAAGAGAUAGGAAUCCUAUAUAGCUUAAAGCACAAUUUAAUUGUAGAAUUUAUUUGUAUAAAAAAUGUAAAAGUAUACUGGUGUAGUCGCUAGGCGACUGCAAAUAGAACGCAAAUCUGUCUCUUUUCGUCACUGUUAAAACACGAUUUGGCAAAAAGAAACAAAAGAAUAGUAUACCAAAAAAAUUAUAUUUCUGUUGUUAAUCUGUUGUGGAUAAUUUAUCAGUAGCAAUAGGUAUGCCACGGCACGGCUCAUAUAUCACUUAGAUAAGAUAACUCUGAUGUACACAAAAUAUGUACUUAAUUGUUUUUUUUUUAUAAGAACAGGGGCCAAUGGCAG